UCGGAAAACAGGAGAGGGAGCAUGGGACAGGAAAGCAAUAACUGGGAAUGCUUACAUUUGUAGGCUGGGCAAAUACUUGGAAUUCCGCUUCCGCUCAAAGGGAGUAAACUUUCAGUCGAUAGCAUUCCGAUUUGAAGGUCUGAGAAAUUAUUGUCGUAGAUUUAGCGAAGUAGCCUACCGUAGUCUAAAUCUUAUCGAUGGCUUCUUCGCCGCAGAAAUCUCCUUCUUCUCCAAAAUCACCGACCCCAAAAUCUCCACCAUCAAGAAAGAAAGAUGACUCAUUUCUCGGAAAACUUGGAGGAACUUUGGCAAGAAGGAAAAAGGCAAAGGAAGUGUCAGAGCUUCAAGAGGAGGGGAAGAAUGCCAUCAACCUGCCCCUCAGCCCCAUUCCCUUUGAGAUCGACCCUGAGGACACCAUGUUAGAGGAAAAUGAAGUCCGCACCAUGGUUGACCCCAACUCCAGAAAUGACCCCAAACUGCAGGAGCUGCUGAAGGUGCUCAUAGACUGGAUUAACGAUGUGCUGGUUGGGGAGAGGAUCAUUGUGAAGGACCUGGCAGAAGAUCUCUAUGACGGGCAGGUUCUACAGAAGCUCUUCGAAAAGCUGGAGGGGGAGAAGCUGAACGUUGCCGAGGUUACGCAGUCGGAGAUCGCCCAGAAGCAGAAGCUCCAGACGGUGCUGGAGAAGAUCAAUGAGACCCUGCGCAUCUCUCCCAGGAACGUGAAAUGGAACGUGGACUCGGUCCAUGCUAAGAGUAUGGUUGCCAUUCUUCACCUGCUGGUGGCGCUGUCCCAGCACUUCCGGGCCCCCAUCAGACUCCCAGAUCAUGUGUCCAUUCAGGUUGUGGUGGUCCAGAAGCGUGAGGGAAUUCUGCAGUCCCGACAAGUCCAAGAGGAGAUCACAGGAAACACUGAGGCUUUCUCAGGAAGACAUGAGCGGGAUGCCUUUGACACCUUAUUUGACCACGCACCAGACAAGCUCAACGUUGUGAAAAAGACCCUGAUCACCUUUGUGAACAAGCACUUAAACAAGCUGAAUCUGGAGGUAUCUGAGCUGGACACUCAGUUUGCAGACGGGGUGUAUCUGGUGCUGCUGAUGGGACUGCUGGAGGGGUACUUUGUGCCCCUCUACAACUUCUUCCUCACCCCUGAAAACUUUGACCAAAAGGUGCACAAUGUGUCCUUCUCCUUUGAGCUGAUGCAGGAUGGGGGACUGGAGAAACCCAAGCCUAGGCCUGAGGAUAUUGUGAACUGCGACCUGAAGUCAACACUGAGGGUGCUCUACAACCUUUUUACCAAAUACAGGAAUGUGGAUUAAAAGCAUGUGAUGGAUGCCUUUGUUUCCAGGACAACAGGGCCUGUCACUCUGUUGCUCCAGGCUUCACACCCUGAUUGGCUGACAGACAGACGCUGGGCUGCGGGAUUGGAGCACAGUUACUAUGCGUCUUUGUAGACCUCCUGUUGCAUUUGGCACAAUAUCCAAACAUCAUUAUCUUCUGAUUGAAAAAAAAAAAUCAUAAAAAUCAAAACUACCCACCAAAAUCACAGGUAGUGGGAGAGGCGGGUGUGUGAUCAGAAUACGUCAGCAGGUUUGCAUUACAGCAGUGCUUUUCUUCAAUCACACUGAAAUACAUCUCUAACUCCCAUGCCUGCUCUUACGACUUACAGUUUAAGAAGGUACUUUUAUGUCCAACUCGUAUAAAAAAACACUUCUGUAUCACAAUCAGAGGAACACUUUAUUGACCCUUGUGGGGGAAACCUGUUGCAACAGCUAUUAUUCUAACAGAAAUUAUUGGAAAUGGCAUCUACAUACACAAGCUUUAUGUUUCAUUAGGUUAAAAACAGAAACCGAUCAUAUUGAUUAAACUAUUCUUAAAAAGAUACAAUUCAUCUUUUUGCUUAUGGCUAAUCACUAGAUGGCAGGUGUGAAACUAUAAAUGACUAUUGACUGUAUUUCACAGCUGUGCAAUACUUUGUUACUUACACACUUUACCAAAUAUAUUUUAAGUGGUCUUAAAAUAUCUUAACCAUUAAGGUUUACUGUGUUGAUUGAUUGACACCACACCACAACCACACAACACAAGCAUCCAACUUGAACUGGGACGGAAGAAAUCCAUUUGGUCGACAGCUCUGUAAUAAUCAAAUAUUGCCAGCCUCCUGAUUCAUGGUGCCAACAUUAACUGAUUAAAGUAUCACAGACAGACUGGUAUAGCAGUUACAAUAGAUUUCUGAAUCCCCAUCAUAUUCACAGCUAUUAUGUGCACACUUUAUUUUGUCACAAAAUGUUGCCCAGAUGAUUUUGUCUACUGUAUGUAAGAUGAUAUGUCAAGCAAACUUAUCCCAUCUGCAUAGGAUUACAAAAUGUGUUGCGUGUGUAUCCACUUGGCAGUUUCUCCACUUUCCUUUUCUCCAUCAAGCUGUGUCUUGAUUAAUCUUCUCUUCAAAUUGUUAUUGUUACCAUGUAUAUAUUUUCCGGGGGAGUUUUCUUUAAACUGUCUCAAUUUAUUUGUGGAAAUAUAUAUUUUAUUUUUGAAGAACACUAAGGGUCACCAAAUAUUAAAGAGCAUUAAGUAUUAAAAAGCAAUUUGUUUGUUUGAGUUGAGUCAUCAUCUUGAAUGGAUAUAAACUCAGUCAAGUUGUUGAAUUAUGAAAACCACAGUCAUUCGAUUUAAGGAGAAAAAGCUGAUAUUGAGAGUGUGUGCAUUGUUCACAAAACACUAUAACACUGACCACUCAAGAAACAAUGAAUAUACAUGCUUGUGAAUUAAAGCAGCACGCUUGUAGUACCGCAGACUUCAUAGGUCAGGUGCUGAUUUAUGCGGGUUUGGCUUGCAGGAUGGGUGUACCCAUAAAUGUCUGAAAACCUUCUGCAGAACAUACUGCACUUGAUAAAAGAUCUGUCAAAUUCAGUGUACACGUUAAUCAUAUUUCGCACGACUUGUUUUUUUCACAUGCUUUGAUUAAACCAUGCUUUUAUUGUAA